AUGGCCUCUUCACUUCGGUUAGGAAGCUCUUUGCUUCGGUCGACUGCCAUUUCUUCCAGACCAUUGGCCCAACAAGCUGCCUUCAAUGGCAUACGCUGCGCAAGCACCAAAUCUCUGAAAGACACAUUUGCAGACAAGCUCCCUGCCGAGAUCGAGAAGGUCAAGACUCUCAGAAAAGAGUAUGGAUCCAAGGUCGUUGGUGAGGUUACCUUGGACCAAGUCUAUGGUGGUGCUCGAGGUAUCAAGUCAUUGGUCUGGGAGGGAUCGGUCCUUGAUUCUGAGGAGGGUAUCAGAUUCCGUGGCAAGACCAUCCCUGAGUGCCAGGAAUUGCUUCCCAAAGCUCCGGGUGGACAGGAGCCUCUUCCUGAAGGUCUUUACUGGCUCCUCCUUACUGGAGAGGUUCCCAGCGAACAGCAGGUCCGCGACUUGUCUGCUGACUGGGCUGCCCGUUCAGAGCUCCCAAAACAUGUUGAGGAACUCAUCGACCGCUGCCCCAGCGAUCUGCACCCAAUGGCACAAUUUUCCAUUGCUGUCGUUGCCCUCGAACAGACCUCCGAGUUUGCCAAAGCAUAUGCCAAAGGUGUCAAUAAGAAGGAAUACUGGCAUUACACCUUCGAAGAUGCCCAGAAUCUGAUUGCAAAGCUCCCUACUAUUGCGGCUAAGAUCUACCGUAACGUCUACAAGGAUGGCAAGGUUGCUGGUAUCCAGAAAGAUAAGGAUUAUGGAUGGAAUUUGGCGAACCAGCUGGGCUUCGGCGACAAUACUGAUUUCAUUGAGUUAAUGCGCCUAUACCUCACCAUCCACAGCGAUCACGAGGGUGGUAACGUUAGUGCACACACAACUCAUCUGGUUGGCAGCGCCCUCAGCUCGCCAUACCUGUCUCUCGCUGCUGGUCUCAAUGGAUUGGCUGGACCUUUGCACGGGCUGGCUAACCAGGAAGUCCUUUUGUGGUUGACCAAAAUGAAAGAGUCUGUUGGCGACGAUUUGAGCGACCAAGCCAUCACCGACUACCUCUGGUCAACCUUGAAAGCUGGCCGUGUGGUUCCUGGUUAUGGACACGCAGUCCUCCGCAAGACUGACCCUCGAUAUGUCUCGCAGCGAGAGUUCGCUCUCCGCAAACUACCGGAAGACCCGAUGUUCAAGCUUGUCAGCCAGGUCUAUAAGAUUGCUCCUGGCGUCUUGACUGAGCACGGAAAGACCAAGAAUCCUUAUCCUAACGUUGAUGCUCACUCCGGCGUUCUUCUCCAGUACUACGGUCUUACAGAAGCCAAUUACUACACCGUCCUCUUUGGUGUUUCCCGUGCUCUUGGUGUGUUGCCUCAACUUAUCAUUGAUCGUGCUCUCGGUGCGCCGAUCGAGCGCCCCAAGUCCUUCAGCACCGAGGCAUAUGCAAAACUCGUGGGAGCCUCGCUGUAA